AUGGCGCCACGUGCCCCCGAUAGCAGUGUACAAAAUUCACUUCUACUUCACAGCAAUUCUGUAGCAAUUGCUUCAUUUGCUGCUAUGGAAAAAGGAACACUUGUUGUUUUUGCUGCAGGAAAUCAUGGUCCACUCUUUGGGACUGUUGAUAAUGGAUUUCCAUGGGUCUUAACUGUUGGAGCUAGCACAACAAACCGCUGGUUUGCUGGAAUUUUGACACUAGGAAAUGGGUUGAAUAUAACUGGAUGGUCUUUAUUCCCUGGAACCAUUUCCUCAUUGCAAAAUUUGCCUUUAGUCUCAGAGGAUGAACCUCUUUUGAUCAUUUAUGCAGAAAAUGAUAAAAAACCAUUAGCUAGCAUUAAAUUCCAACAGGCAAUCAUAGGUACUAGUCCUUCACCUAAACCAGCACUUUUGAAAGCCAAGUAUCCAAAAUGGAGCCCUGCUGCUAUUAGAUCUGCUAUUAUUACCACAGCAAACUCUUUGGAUGAUGCUAUGAAGCCAAUUAGAGAUAAUGCUUUUGACUAUUCUAUGGAUGCUACACCACUUGCUACGGGAGCUGGUUUUAUUGACUUAAACAAAGCACUUGUUCCUGGUUUGAUUUAUGACUCCACUCCACAACAUUAUGUUGUUCACUAA